UCAGAAUAUUUAAAGCCGCGUAAUGGGGAGAGAUACUCCAAUAAUUUAUGAUGAAAUAGGGAAUUCGAUUUUUUUUCCUCAACUCGGGAAACUGUGUUAGUUGAAUGAAACAGAGCAGUGCGACGUCUUCCGUCAGUCUGUGGGGACAAACGAAAAAGAAAGGACAGCAGUGUUAAUUUGUCGACAAUAAUCCGAUCAGAUGGCAGAUAUUAAUAUAAAGAUAAAUGGUUGAGAGCUCAUUGAUUGAGAGACUGGAUGAUUAUAUUGGUGCUUUCUUGACAAUCAAAGUUUGGGAGUGACUUAAUAAAGAUGAGAAUAUCGGUAUCGACUAUUGUCUUCCUCGUUUCCGUUGUUAUGUUGUCUAUUUUUGUUGCUAAUGUAGCUAAUUUAAUCGCGACUGAUAGUAAGACUCAUCAUGAAGAGGAAACUCAGAGGUUUGGAAGAGAGAAGCCUAGGAUAUAUAAGAUUGGGGAUAAGAUGGACAAUCUUAUGUGGUUUUUGCAGAUUUCAGAUAUCCACAUUAGUAUCUUCAAAGACCCAUUUAGAAUAACGGAGUUGAAGGAGUUCUGCGAUAAAACUGUCGAUGCAUUCAAUCCACCAGUGGUUAUAGCCUCUGGUGAUUUGACCGAUGCUAAAAAGAAGGAUGCAAUGGGCUCCAAACAAUCGUUGGAUGAGUGGAAGCAUUACAAAAGAGUGUUGGAUGAGUCUGGGGUGCUGAAGAAGACCACUUGGCUUGAUGUCAGGGGAAAUCAUGACAAUUUCAACGUCAUAAACAUGAAAUCCCCUGAAAACUACUACCUAAACUACUCAGUCCAGGGUAGACGCCAUCCACGCUCGUAUCUCCACCAAUUAGUCCAGAACUCGCAGACGUACUCGUUCAUAGCUGUUGACGCAUGCCUGGAGCCAGGUCCUAAACGUCCCUUCAACUUCGUGGGUUUUCUCGAUGAAUACGAGAUAGACAAGAUAAAAGAGCUGGUCCAAGAGUCCAAAAGACUCAACAGUGACUAUAUCGUGUGGUUCGGCCACUACCCGACCUCCUGCAUCCUCUCUCAGUGCAACAAUGGCAUAAGGGAAAUUAUGGCUGAGCACAAGGAGGGCAUGGUGUAUCUCUGUGGACACUACCACACUUUGGGUGGACUAGUCCCUGAGAUGUACACGUUGCAACGCGGGGGAUAUCUAGAGCUAGAACUGGCUGACUGGAAGGAUAAUAGAAUGUACCGGGUGGGAAUAAUUGAUCACGGACAAUUCUCCUUCAGUGACAAUCAGCACAACAACUGGCCUGUGGCUGUCAUAACAAAUCCCAAACACGUUUUGUUUACAAUGCCUGAAAGGGAGAACAUUAAGUCGAUAGUUGAGUCCACCCAUGUGAGAGUGCUGGCAUUCUCCACAGUCCCCAUCAAGUCUGUGAGCAUCAGGAUCAAUGAGGAAGGGUGGGUGCAGUGCAGGAAGGUUGAAGGACCACUUUAUGUGACACGAUGGAACGCCUCGCGAUACUUAAAUGGCAUUCAUACAAUCAGGACAAAAGUUGUGGACGAACUGAACAGGGAGAAGGAGGUGGUGCAAAUGUUUGCGCUAGACGGAUCCAGAAUGUCCUUCAAGGUACUUGGAAAGUUUUUGCUGAUGUCUGACGCCAGCAGAAUUUUUGCCAUUGCUUUCGGAGUGAUGCUAGUCCUCAAUGUCAUUCCUCUGUGUGUUUUACGAGUUUGUCAUAAACUGGUUCUAAUGAAGAAGAUGCAGCGUCCGAGGUUGAGGAUUAGAUGUUUUCACAUUUUUGUCAGAAAAGUUUGGAUUACAUCGACUAUCAAUUAUCUCUUCUGGCCGAUGGUUUUGUAUCCACUCUACUUAGUCUUCGGUCCAUGGGCAGCAGGCGAAGUGAUAGAAGAUUCCUUCGGUGUAAUUUUCGCUUGGGGAAUGUACAUCGGAAAUUCAUAUCUCCCAGGAUCUUUCACAUACGCCUACGGAUUCUUCCAAUUAUUUACGUUCCACGUGCCGUUGACAAUAAUUCUUGCCUUUACAGUGGACAGACGAUUUCAGAUGCUUGAAAACCCCUUGAUGAAACCACCGAACUUACUGGUACUGCUAUGGAGGCAGCUACCUUUCUUCCUUUUGAUCUCCAUGCAAACUGUCCUCGCAUAUUUUUUCUGGCUAGCCUAUGGCACCGUCGCAACAAUUCUCUGCCCCUUCAGAAGCUGGAGCAUUCUAAUUGCUAUCGUGUUAUGGUAUCUAGCUCAUACUGUACCUAAUUAUCGUCUCAGAUCUGCAGUCUCAGUUUGGUCAUCAGCGAAGAGAUUAUCGAUAGACGAUUAGAUCCAGUCUUCUGUAUGGGUUGACUGAAAUUCUUAUUUUUCCAAUGAAAUGUAGAAAUGCUGAGGAAUGAAUUUAGUUCGAUAAUAAUUGAUUUAUUCGUUAUUAAAACUGAUCGAAACUGAUCGAUAACAAUGUUCUCCUCUGCAUUCAAGACUUGAUAGAGUAUUGAUGAAAAUUAUUUUUUAAUGGAAGUACAAGCGUGUAGUUAUUGUAGAAAUGACUGUUCUCUUUCUGUGUGAAUAUUACGGGUGUUUAUUACUCGGUUUUUUUCGUUGAAUAAUCAUUUCGAGAUGGUCCAUGAUUAUCUCUGGGGUUUUGUGAUAUUUUAAUGAAUACUCUUGGGAAUAAAUAUUUUUAAGAAGUUUGAAUAUGAAUUUGAGAAGCGCUAAAGUGGGGCAGUGCAAUUUGAUACUUACGAUAAUUGUAAGCUCAUUCUCGGAGGGUGUGGUUGCAAAAAUAACCAUUUCUGAGGACCCUAUUUCUCGAGUGCUCUUAAAAUUAUUAAUUUCCGGGGUAAUCUCAUAUUUAAAACAACAAAGUGAGUGAGAACGAUUGAUUUCACAACGUUCUACCCAUUCACCAUUGACUACAAAUAUUAAAACGUCUUUGACAAUGAAAGUAAUCAAUCUUGAAUUAAUUACAGAUACUGUUCAUAUUUUUUAUCCCAAUUACACUUCCAUGACGGUUGUCAUUGUAUUGAACAAUGCAAUUUAUCAGUUUUUCAUUGUUCAUACGAGGGAAUUAAAAAACGCAGGAAUUUAUGUACCUAAAUAAUUUCAAUUUCGAUGAUGUGAUUCUAUAAAAUAAUUGCUCCUUCAAAUGACUAAGUAACCAUCGUUGUUGAUUAGAAGUGACAAUUUGUUUUAGGAGUGUGCCAAUAAAGUCAUUGAAAAGUUA